AAAGAAGUUAAGAAAAAGAAAACAUAACAUAACCUUAAAUAUAGCCGAUAACCUCAAACAAGAAAAAUCCUUUUUAUUUGCAUAUUAUGUAUUAAUCUUUGUUGAAAUGAAUGCGGAAACUGUAUAUAAUAUUUCCUUUAAGAAACCAGUGUCACCAAAAGUAUUUCGCGCAAUACAAAACGUUGACAUAGAUGAACUUUCAAAAUGCACAGAGCAAGAAAUUCGUCCCAUACUACCCUGUUUAGUACGAAUGAGUCUUAUUGCCCCUUUAGACACUUCAAAAAAGUGCUCCAAGCAAAAAAUAGACAUUUUAACUAUAAUUUCAGGCAUAGAGCUUGUUAAUUCUAUCGUAGCACUUUUGUCCAUCGACUUCCAUGCACUUGAGUCUGAUGUUAAGAAAGAACAACAACUAAGACAGAAAUGUGGAACUUCUCUGAACGAAUCGGUGCUUAUAAGCGGUCUUCCUAACGGCUUGGCGUUGGAAUAUGAAAGAUCAGAUAUGACAAGAAGACUCCGACUGGUUUUAAGUGAAUUGUUAUUUAUUCAAUCCCAAAUUCAGGAGUCACUUGAAAAUACCUCAGAACACGAAUUUUACAUGAAGCAGUCUGAAUUGUUUGACAACGAUAUUUAUAUAGAAGAAAUAUCGGACGUUAUUUGCAUAGCUUUAGCUGAACUGCCAACGCUACUAAACGUUCAAAAUAUUAUUGAGACACUUCUUCAUGUUCAUAAUGGACCCGCAAUCAUUUGCAGGGUGGUGGCAAAUUUCCCAGACUCAUUUCGUGAAGUAUGCACAAGCCUGAUCCAAAAAGGAGAAAAACAAGAAGAAAGUGCCCACAGUGCAAUUAGACUGAAUGCGAUUUCAAUGUUGUGUAAAAUGAAUCCAUCUGAGGCACUUUCUGUAAGAAGUAAAUGCGUCGAAUUGUGUCGCAUGCCUGCAUUAGCUAUCUGUCUGAGUUUAGACCAUGCAAGCCGGUGUUCUUCUUCCCAACCUGAGGGUGACAUGGUAGCAUUUGUUUCUGGGUUGCUAUUGGGUAAUGACCAAACCGUAAGAAGUUGGUUUGCUCUGUUUGUAAGAACUGGACAGAAACGAAAAGGCGAAGUCUCGAGUAAUAUUUUACAACAACUUCGGGACGAUUUGCUCCGUCGUUUACAAACCAUAAUCCAAGCGUCCCUUGAAGGACAAUUGCCGGACAGUUACGUUGUUCAAGCAUCAGCCCUUUUGCGAUUAUAUUGUGCUUUGAGGGGGAUUGCGGGAAUAAAAUUUCAAGAUGAAGAGGUAAAUCAAAUCGUUCAACUUUUAACUUCUCAUCCAAACCCCACACCUGCUGGGGUCCGUUUCGUAUCUCUUGGCCUUUGCAUGCUGAUAGCGUGUCCCUCACUCGCAUCUCAGACUGAACACGAACGUAGAAGUAUAGAAUGGGUUCAGUGGUUAGUACGUGAGGAGGCAUAUUUCGAAUCUGCUAGCGGUGUUUCAGCUUCAUUCGGUGAGAUGCUUCUCCUUAUGGCGAUCCAUUUCCACAGCAAUCAGUUAAGCGCGAUCUGCGACCUGGUCUGUGCCACUUUGGGCAUGAAAAUCCCUAUCCGUCACAACAAUAUGACUCGUAUGAAGCAGGUCUUCACUCAAGAAAUCUUUACCGAACAGGUGGUGACCGCACAUGCUGUUAAGGUGCCUGUUACCAACAAUCUAAACGCCACAAUGACAGGUUUCCUCCCUAUACAUUGUAUACACCAGCUCUUAAAGUCCAGGGCCUUUGCCAAGCACAAUGUCAAUAUCAAAAAUUGGAUUUAUAAGCAAAUAUGCGCCAGCACAAGUCCCUUACACCCCGUACUGCCUAUGCUCGUCGACGUAUAUGUUAACAGCAUCGUCUUACCAAGUCUUAAGAACGCAGAGCACACUAACAAACCGUUGAGUGAAAACGAAAUAAGAAGAGUGUUCAAAAGUUCCAUUUUUGGACAAUAUUUCAACCAGAAGACAUCCAGUUUCAGUUUGGACUUUGAUGUAACAUCAUCAGACUACCAAGACAUACCUGUCAAUGAAAGCAGUUUAACCCCUCAACUCCUCCUCCUCUACUAUCUCCUUUUGUAUGAAGAUUGCAGAUUAACAAACGCUCAACAACUCACAGCUUCGGGUAGAAAAAUUAAACGUUACAGUGCCGAAUUUCUGUCUGAACUGCCCAUCAAAUACCUCUUGUACCACGCCCAGAAAGACCAGACCUCGUAUUCCACCCUUUUCGGCCCUUUGUUGAAACUCUUGGCUACGCACUUUCCUCAUCUAACUCUCGUGGACGACUGGUUGGACGAUAUGUCUUUCAAAGUAGAUGAAAAGAGUCCACAUAUAAGCGAAUUAAGUUUAGUAGAGGCGUUCGAAGAGGUCAAAAGCAAUCCCUCAGGCCUUGCAAAAGUUUUACAGUCUUUGCUCAAAAAGGAGGCCAUCGAUAUAUGGCCGUUUGCAGAAGUUUUCACGCAUUAUGUGAAAGAACUACUAGACGAAAAUGUGCCCAGACAUUUGCAGGACCUUUACAAGGACGUGUGGCUAAGACUGAACACUGUGUUGCCCAGAAGAUUAUGGGUAUUAACAGUGAAGAGUUUGGUAGGUGAUUUGACGGGAUUAGUUCGAGUUGAUGUAGCUGAGGAUCCGUUACAGAUUAUGAGAUGUGAUGAAAGGGUGUUUCGGUGUGCCCCAAUUUACGCCAUAAUAUUGAGAGUGUUAAGGGCGAGUCUGGCGUCUUCAAGAAGUCAACUGUUCCAACAUUUACAGACGAAUCCAAAACUGGACCAUAUGGGGCAAUUAUUAAACGACAGUGAAAGAGAAGAAAUGUGUAGGGCCUUAGUGGCAGCACAAGAUAGUGCAGCUGUUCAGGUACUACUGGAAACAUGCCUUGAAAGUGAACAAGACAGACUGGUCCCAGGAAGAUUGUUGGCCUUACAAGAAGUACGAUCUCUGGUUUGUUCGUAUUUACAUCAGUUGUUUAUUGCUGACACCACUCUGGCUAAAUUGGUACAUUUUCAGGGCUAUCCCAGUGAAUUAAUUGAAGUAACCGUAAGGGGAGUGCCUUCUAUGCAUAUCUGCCUAGACUUUUUGUUGGAGUUGAUGCAGCAGCCCAGUAUUAAUAAACAGAUUUUUGCCAUACAGCUUUUGUCACAUUUAUCUGUUCAAUAUGCACUACCCAAGAGUCUUAAUCUGUGCGUUACAGCUUUAAAUCUGUUGUAUGCCCUACUAGGAGGUCUUUCAAGUCCUCAAAGAAUGAAAUUAUUCAAACCGAUUUUGCCAGCCCUUGUUCGAAUAAGUAAGGCGUUUCCCCCUUUAGUAGACGACAUUACUCAACUUUUAUUACAAUUGGCGAAAGUUUGUCAGUCUCAGGCCUCUUUGACGUCCCAUUUUAGCGUACACAUGAACUGGGACGAUGAACUCAUAACCGAAGAAAGCAAAAGUUUGUGCGAGCUCGCACAAGAAACAUUCAGUGAAAUAGUAAGUCAGGCUGUGUUAAAAACUGACAUUUAUAAUUAAUUGAUAGGUAUAUAAUUUUAAUUGUCUAAGAAAAUAAAUUUCUUUUU